AUGGGGCUGGAUCUGUCAGCACCCGCGGGGGCUGCGGCAGCAAUAACCCUGCAGGCAAGUAGUGACACCUCUGCGCUCCGGCGCCUGGGGACACCACCCUGGGUGUCACGCCCAGACCUGACCGAGCCUCUCUCCUUUUCCUCCCCACAGCCAGGCCACCUCGCAUCCUGCGCCCCUUGCCCGGCUGCCCACGCUGGCCCCAGCACCCCGGCAUCGCCACCAGCCGUCCCCCAGGCCCUGCCCUCCGUGUCCCCCGGGCCCCCAGCCCUGCCGCACGGCACCGCCUGCCCCUCGCCCAUCAGCCUGGCCCUGGACAGCACCGCGGCCACCCAGAUGGACCCCCGGGCGUCCAGCCCCGGCCCCUGCCCAUCCGGCAGCAGGAGGUCCCGCCUGGCUGCCCGGUCCUGGGGCCGGUUCCUCAGGAGGGGCUGCUGGACCUCGCCCACCCUGGCCACGCUGUCGCCCCGGUGCCCGGCUGUGCCCCACGGCAAAGUGCAGCCGCUGGGCGGGCGGGAGCGGCGGCUGCGGCCGGACACCAGGACGGUCAGCAGCUUCUUCCAAGUCAAAACGGCUGCGCCUUCGGACAGCCGAGCCUGCCCCAGGGGCUGUGGGCCUGGAGAGGACAGACACCGCCGAGCUCGGAAGGGCUCUGCAAAGGAGUUGAUCUGCCCCUGGGAGACCCCCACGGAGGAGGGGAGAGCGGGGUAACCCCGACACGGAUGCUGCUCCCAGGCCUGAGACCGCAAUGUUUGCUAUGGGUGGCUCAGCACAGUGCUCAGUGCUGUUGGAGAAGUGUGUUAGAGCCAUCCUCCAGCACCAGGGACACUCAGAGCACCACAGCCACAGAUAAACACCCCCUGGUGUGCCCAGCUGUUUGUGAUCCAAGAGCUCCAAGUGUUUCUGGACUGGUUUUCUUUCCUAUCUUUGGUGUAUUCAGUUCUGCUCAUGACAAACUUGUCGAUAAACGAGCCUGGUUUCAUGCCUUGGAGCAGAUGGAGGAUGUGUGGGUGAUGUCCUGGGAAACGGUGUCUUAUCGGAGUUUCUGGCUUGGCCAUGAGGUGUCAGCACACUGAACACAGCACAGCUGGAGCAGGGCUAGCAGGGGGUUGUCAGAGCAGGGCUCAGGCUUCAGUGCCAAAACUGGGCUGAGUUUGUGUCCCUCAGCCUGGACCCACCUCCUAUUAAUUAACAAUUUCCAAAUUUUAAAGCAUGCUGACUGAGAGACAGCUGAUUGCUGGGGGAAAUGGAGUGCCCCUCAAGAGCAGCUGUGUGCUGAGUGGCAAAGCAUCAUUCCUUCAUCCAAACCAAAACUGAUCCCAGAGGCAUCAAGGAGUGCAGAGCCCUCCUGCAUUAGCUCCAGCUUCCCAGUGCAUGGGUUUGAAACCAUGGCUCGACCUGGGGAGAUCCAAGCCAAACCCCUGCUGGUGUUUUGGGCCCCUCCAAGCAGGGAUUGAUGCGUUACCACAGCCUGUGCUGAUACUGUGAGAGUGUUGGACCGCUGCCUUCCUUGUGUCAGUGUUUGAAGGUGGUUGUUUUAUUCCCUGGAGGAAUUUCCUUGGUGUGUGUUCUGUGGGUCCCUGUUCUGUACCUUGGCCAUGACCUGUGACUUCUGAUGUGCUGUUUUGUACUUUCUGAUUAUAAAUGGAGUUUUUCCUGUG